GCUGCUACCAACUCCCAACAGAGGUCACAACCCUUUUGAAUGCUAUUGGUUCACCGAAUGCAGUUUUGCUUAAAGGGGAAAGCUUGAUUUGAAGCGUCCAUUCUUGGCACUUGGCACACCCUUUCUCGGCCAUGGAAAUCCAUUGCCACUGCAACUUUCAUCUUGAAUCCGUCGGACAUCUUCUUCUGGACUUGAUCUUCAUUUUCUGCUUGUUUACCUUCCCUUUUACAGUCCAAACAUCCACAGGAAAAACCACUUUCAAUUUCACCACAUUCAGCACCGAUAUGCCACAGAUAAAGUUUGAAGGAGACGCAUACGCAGCAAGCCAAAUCAUUGAACUGAACAAUAACUUGGAAGACAUCGUUCCUUCUAUUGGCAGCGUCGGUCGAGCAACUUAUUUCAAACCAAUGCACUUGUGGGACAAAGCCUCUGGGAAUCUUGCAGAAUUCACCACUCAUUUCUCCUUCGUUAUCAAAUCCAGAGGUGACAUUAUCCCCGCUGAUGGAUUGACUUUUUUCCUUGCUCCAAAUGGCUCUCGUCUCUUGCCUUCGUCCGGGUAUGGAAAACUUGGUAUUUACAGUGAUGACAAGUAUUUUCAGGCUAAUCAACCUAAAUUUGUUGCUGUGGAAUUUGACACCUGGUGGAAUAUCAAUAUCGACCCUGAAGGUGUUGAGGAACAUAUAGGUAUUGAUCUCAACUCUUUGACUUCUGUCAAAUACGUGAACUGGUCGCAGAAUAAUAUUGCUAAGGGGGGAAGAAAUGAUGUCUCAAUUCACUACAAUUCGAGCACAAAAAAUUUCAGUGUCACUGUGAGAAAUGGCUUUAAUCUGUAUGAGUUAUCACACAUGGUAGAUUUAAAAGAUUACUUACCAGAAUGGGUUACAUUUGGCUUUUCAGCAGCCACCGGAUAUGACUAUUUUGAAAGAAACCAAAUUUACAUGUGGGAUUUUGAUUCAACCCUACAACUUCCUCAAAAUUUAACCAACAGCACUGGUCCUCCGAGCUCUGCAAUUCCUAGAGAAAGAAAGAGUAGACGCCCGUUAUCAGGGGUUUUAUUGGGUAUUAUUGGCGCCUUGCUGGCCUUGGUUUUGGUUUUAGUUUUGUUUGGAUUUUGUUUUAAGAGAAGAAAACAGAGAUCAGGUGAAAGGCUUAGAAGCACAGGUGACGAUUUCGAGGAGGCUGGACCAAGGAGCUUUUCCUAUGAGGAAUUGGCUAUUGCUACCAAAAACUUUGCGAACGAACGCUUGCUGGGAAAGGGAGGGUUUGGAAUGGUUUACUUGGGCUCCUUGAGUAAUGGAAAUCCGGAUAUUGCUGUGAAGAGAAUGAGUUCUGAGGCUCGACAAGGAUUGAAAGAGUACGCUUCUGAAGUGAAAACAAUUAGCCGAUUGAGGCAUAGGAACUUGGUCCGACUCAUUGGCUGGUGUCGAGAACAUCAAGAACUCUUUAUUGCUUACGAGUAUAUGCCAAAUAAGAGCCUGGAUUUCCAUCUUUUCAAAAAUACAAGCUUGUUCACAUGGGAAAAGAGGUAUGGCAUAGCUUUAGGCUUGGCCUCGGCACUGCUUUACCUGCAAGAAGAAUGUGAGCAAUGCGUGCUGCACCGUGAUAUCAAGUCAAGCAACGUGUUGCUGGAUUCUAAUUUCAAUGCUAAGCUUGGUGAUUUCGGGCUGGCUAGGCUUGUCGAACACGGCCAAGGGUCAGACACCACGAAGUUGAUCGGAACAUAUGGGUAUAUAGCCCCAGAAUAUCUUGAAAGCAGCAAGGCAACCAAAGAAUCAGAUGUCUACAGCUUUGGCAUAGUUGCUUUAGAAAUAGCAACCGGAAAGCCUGCUUUUAAAGGAAAUGUUACGAAAUUGGUGGAUUGGGUAUGGGAGCAAUAUCGAAGUGGAAAUAUUUUCGCUGCAGCUGAUCCACAAUUAUGCCAAAACUAUGUUGAGGACGAGAUGGAACGAUUGAUUGUUGUUGGGCUUGCUUGUGCGCAUCCAAAUUAUUCUGAACGUCCAUCGAUUGGAAAAGCAAUUGAUAUACUCCAUUUUAAAACUCCAGAACCUGACAUUGCGUCCUAUGAAACCAACGUAAAUUCUUUCUCCGAAUUUUUAUCACUUGGUGCUAGUGGCUCUGAGGCCAGGCCAUGCCAAGCCAUGACAGCUCCUAAUUAAUUCUUCUGAUUACAGCCUCUGAUAAUUUUACUCCUACCACGUGCAACAUAUCGUGUUUCUCCUGUCUAUUUUGCUUUGUUUGUGACUUUUCAGUUCAUUUUUCUUGUAUCUAGUCUAUCUCAUAUACUAUGAGGUUAGACGUUUAAAUUAAUAUUUUUCAUAAAAUUAAAAUGAGACUGCAUUAUUUUUAAUUGAAUUAUAGUCAA